UUUAUUCUGACAAAACUGACGGGACAGUUUCCGGCGGAAUUUCGGUUUUCGUCUGUUCAAAAAUAAAAGCCCAGCCCGUGCUAGAUCCUGACGUUUUGCCAGAGGUUUUUGUCAGUCUACUCAUAAAACUGUUCCUCUCACUGCUAAAAUGUCGACUCCCGGGAGCUCCGUGGCUUUUGAUGGGAUGUACUCCAAGCUGGAAGAUGACGAAGGCAGCCAGGGCAAGUUCAGUGGCCGAGCAGAUGUGCAGCACGGCGAUGUGGCAGUGUUUCCGGUCAGAGUGACUUCCUUAGUCCGAAAUGGCCCGGGUCCUUACAGAAUCGCCACCAUCUGCCUGGCUUCACUUUGUGCCAUUCUGCUCAUCUCCAUCAUAGCUGUCAGUGCUCGCUAUAAGAACGGACCUCAAAGGGGUGAUGAGGGGACCACAUCGAUGCAGACGGAUGUCUCUGCUCUAACAGCCUUAAUCAGCAAACUGCAGGAAGAGAAAAAGGCUCUUCUGGACAAGCUGGACCUCAAACUAACCACCAAAGCUCCUCCUGUGGUUACCCUGAUGCCAAACACGACCAUGGAAUGCCCCACAAACUGGCAUCUCUUCAACAACAGCUGUUACUUCAUCUCCACACAACGGAAGUCUUGGAAAGACAGCCAGGCAUAUUGUGAGAGGCAAGGAGCUCACCUGCCCAUCAUCCACACAGCUGAGGAGCAGACUUUCCUGUGGGAACUUCUUCCCAGAGCCCACUGGAAUGCCUACUGGUUCGGAAUCUCUGACGAACGGAUAGAAGAUGACUGGAAGUGGGUCGAUGGCACAUCUGUGGAGAAAAGUUUCUGGGCAGAGGGGGAGCCUAACAACCACAUCAACGAGGACUGUGGUUACAUCGUGAAAACCCAGGUGCUGGAGCGGGUGGCGAUUCGGAGCUGGUAUGAUGCUCCCUGUGAGAUGAGCAUAAAGUUCACGUGUGAGAAAGAAAUGACAAAAAAGUGAGGUUUGUCCAAUCAUCUUUAGAAAAAACAAGUUUUAGGGUUUAAAUGUAUUUCUACAUUUCCACAUUUCUAAAGCUUUAAUGCUGUCCUAUUUUUCAUUGUAACCUUUCUUUAUCUUCAUCGCCAGAGAGAAAUCUUUGGUACAACGUUUUCAAAUGAAAUCUAGAAAACCAACAAUACGUUUUGAAAAAACUUUAUUGAAACUCUUCAGAGGAAGCUACAGCUAACAGAAAAGUCAGCUUCUAUUUUUAAAGAAGAAAACAAGAAAGUUUAAAACUUCUGUUGUGCAAUAAAACAUGUUUGAAUGAAACAAAGACUUUAAUGGCAGGAAAUUUUAUUCAAUUUAUUUCCCAUAGCAUAAAUACCUCAGGAAGGUUCAGGGAAAAAUAAGAAUUAUUAAAUUGUUAAUUAUUACCUAUUAAGAUUAAUUGACUAAGGUCAAAUUAUAUUUUAGAGACUAUUUGAUCCCUGUGUUAUAAAAAAUGCAUAACUUGAAUCAGUGAAAUUAAAGGUACAUACCUUUUCAUAGUUUUUUUGAAUGUGUGAAUACACACUUCUGCAUUUACAAACAUGGUCAAGACCUUUAUUUUAAAACAAAUGUUGGUUAAAAUUAGAUUUUGAGGUGAAAACUCAUCACAAAACUCCCACAGCACCGUUAUGCAUUUAUAUCUAUGGCAAUCAAUGAUAAAUGCCAUAAAGCAUAAAGUAGCUUUAUUUUAUUCAGCCAUUGUUUUUUUCAUUUGUUUUUUGUUGCAGUCCGUUUCUAUUCACUGAAUGUAUAUGUUUAUGUCUUUGUUGCACCAUCCCAGCUCCCUGUUCCUGCUGGGAUGCAUCAGAGGCUCUAUUAUGAUUCAGAAUCUUUGUUGUGAUUUUUUUCAGUUGUUCUUUUCUGAUAACUAACAGCUUAACCUACAUUUACAUUUAAGUCUAUCAAAUGUUAGACUCCCUAUUAGUAAAAAAAAAUCUAUGAAACAUUAACAUCAUGCUGGUAAAGUUUUGUCUCUGUUGUUAGAAAGUAUUUUUAUAUUUUUACUUGAAUGGAGCAAAAUCGGGGCAAAAAGGGGGCAUUGUUUCUUUUAUUUUAUGUUGAUUUUAAUGAUUACUGUAAUUGUACAUGUAUAAAUACAAAUAUUUUAAUGAAUUCCAGCUAACAUAAAUACGCUUCAAGCAAAUUGUUAUAGUCAUCAUAAAAACUGAUCUACUUGGAUAUAAAAAAAAGUUUCUCAUUUUUUCAUUAAUAAAGAUUUUUUAAGAAA